AAUAAAGAAAAACAACAUGAAUAACCAAGACAAUAGUAAAAAUAAAGUUUAUAUAAAUCCUAAUUUCAAUAGGUCUCACACAAAUAAUGGUUCCAGUAAUGGAAGUCUACAUGUCAAUCCAAAAUUUUCCCAUCUUGUGCCAAGUGCUCAGUGCAAUAUUCAAAAUAAGAACAAAAUAUAUAUAAACCCCAAUUUCAUAAAAUAUAAAAGUGUAAGUAGUAGUACUAACUACCAAUUAACUUACAACACAAAAGAAGUUCAACCUCAUAUACACACUUUCACUGAAGACUCAUAUACCACAUAUCACCAACAAAUUGCAGACAAAACAACAAAAGAUUUUGAGGCUCCUGUGACCCAAUCUCGUUAUUCUUUAGUUAGACAAAACUUAAACAAUAAAUCACCUAACGACCCAAGAAUGGAGAAGCCUAAAAUUACUUUUAAACUGAAUAAGUAUAAAACGGUUUCGUUGAAAGAUGUAAAAAAAAAAUUAGAUAAAGAUAAAAGUGCCAGCUAUCCGACCUCUGUAUCCAAUUUUGAAGCAAAUUUUCAGAUACCACAAAGCAGUCGAACAAAGAAUGUCUUCAAAAUAGUCAACUAUAGCAAUGUUAGUUCUUCAAAACUUCAAAAAUCAAUUAUACAUACAGAAAUUCAGAAAAUGAUUUAUAAAUCAAAUCAUGCGGUCCAAUCAAGGAUUAAAAGAGUAAUAAAAGGAAAUUUAAAGAAAAAUAAUGUACCAUGUCCAUUAUUCCGUAAAUUUGGAAAAUGUUUAAGAAAUGCACGUGGUUCUUGCGAAUUUCUUCACGAUAAGAAACAUGUUUCUGUUUGCCGAAAAUUUAUAAAAGGUAUUUGUCAUGAUAAGGACUGCCUUUUAUCUCAUGAUUUAACCAGUAAGAAAAUGCCCACCUGCUAUUUUUAUUUACAAGGGACCUGCACAAAAACAGAGUGCCCUUAUUUACAUGUUAAAUUGAAUGAAAAGGCAAAGAUUUGUUCUGAUUUUGUAAAGGGAUAUUGUGAGAAAGGUAACACGUGUUUACAACGCCAUGUAUAUUUGCCUUUAGAGAGACAUAAUAAAACCAUUUCAACUUUGAGAAAGAAGAAAUGUUCAAAAAUAAAGGUUGAUCAUAACGGUACCAGUAAAUUAGAACAAAAUAAAAAUAUUAUAGUACAAAAUGUCGACGAGAAAACAAAAUAUAUAAACCGCAGCAAAGUAUUACAAGAAAAAUGUGAGAGUUACUCUGAACAUAGAUAUUAUGAAGAAAAUAAAAGCAACAAGGAUUCUAUUGAAACAUGUGAAAUUAUAAAACCCACCAGGUGCAAAUUAGGGACCUUACCCUCAUUCAUACAACUAUGAUUCUCCAAAUAUUAUUAUUUUCUUUAAGUGGCUGGUCAAACGAAGAACUUUGACCGGCAGAGGAAAAAAUAUCCCAGAAUUAUGUAUAAAGUGUUGACCGAUAAGUGCUUUUUUGCACGUUCCGGUUGCCGGCGCAGGGUACCCGGUUGCGCAGUGUAUGACCAUGUACGGUAGGUGUUAUUUGUAUACACCGCGGGUACCUGGCGGCGGAUACCCGGCAACCGGAACGUGUGAAAAGGCACUUACUGUUCUAACAUUAUAUUCCCAAAAUAUUGUGAAAGUAAUUUUUUAUAAUAAGAAUAGAUAAGUUGUAGUUUGGUUAUUCUUUUGGUCCUCUUUGUGCAUUAUUGGCAGUUUAUAUUGAGGAACUAAAGCGUAUUUCAUAGUCCUUAACAUAAUAUAAUAAUAUGGUUCCACACCUGAGAUACUUAUGAAAAUGCAUCCACUAUUGACUAACCUUUUCACCGCCACGCCUUAUCGGUAUUCCUAUGCCCUGUACGCCAAGCCCGAAAAUCUUAAAGGUGUAUCAAUAAAAUACAUAAAAGUAAUGAUUUAAUAGGUUUAUUUUGUAUUUUUCUGCGACCUGUUUUUUGUCGAGUAUAGCCGUCGUUGGCGCACAGGGCACGCUUGCUCAUGUCGGCUAUAGCCGACAUUGGCGUUCAAAAGGCUAA